AACGAAAGAAAUUGUUAUUAAUAGGUAAAGAGAUAACAGCAAUAAGGAAAAUGGAAGCUCAGAAGAGCCUCAGACUCAGACUCAGCUCCUAUGGCGAGUGGCCUCGUCAUCCUCCUCACACAGCCUCCUCCUUGGCCACCCAUUAACCCUCUUCCCCCACUUUCUCUACUUUCACCCUAUUCUUACUACCACUAUCGCCCUUCAUGCCGGACCCACUACCGCCGAUGGGAUUCCAAUGCCGAGACCAGACGCUCUCAAAGAUUCGGUUUUGAUUUCAGAGGCAAAAGAGAUGAAUAUGAAGACGAAGACGAAGACGAAGAAGAAGAAGAUUACGAGGAAGGAUUCUACAAUGGAAGCAAGAGGCGGUGGUGGUCUGAUUAUGAGUCGCCGGAGAUGGAGGAAGGUCCUGGAAUUUUGGAGGAAGCCAUUGAUGCUCUAUGGAUUCUAAAGGUGUUCAAGUCCUAUGGUUGGAUGCUUCCAGUUAUAUUUGCAUCUUGGUUACUAGCUACUGGUCCAAAAGCCUUUCUCAUGGCAUUAGCACUCCCGCUCGGUCAGUCAGCAUUGGCUUUUGCAUUUGACAAACUUUGGGGAAAGUCUCAGAGUAAACCGAAACGCAGGAGGACAAGAAUGAGAAAGAGAAGAGCUGCCAGCAGCACUGUAACUGAUACCGAAACUGAAGAAGAGUACGAUGAAGACCGCCAGGAACCUGGUAGACAAAAAACCGGGUACCAAUCAUGGGUAGUUGGAGAUGAAGAGCCUGUUGAAAAGGGUGGCCAAAGUGGAACCAGUUUUGGUGGAUGGGAUGAUCUCGAAAGAGCUAAAUCUUCGGGUAGGUCAUCAAGAAUGAGAGGUGGAUCAAGAAGAACAUCGGGUGAUAAGGGUAAGUUGGGUCGAAGAGAAAGGAAAAGUGACACCCCAUUGUUGUUGAGGUUGUUAAUUGCUUUCUUCCCAUUUCUGGGAUCUUGGACUAAGAUGUUUUGAUUGGGUAUGUUCUUACUGAUGAUUUAUUUGUUUUUGGUUGGAGCAUGCUUUAGCUACAUACAUUCUUCUUCCCAUUAUCCAAUUUGGAUGAUGGGGUUAUUAUACAAAAUUAUUUAAAUGAACAUUGUAAUUGUAUUAUAUUAUCUAUUAUCUAAUAACAAUAUAUUUAGUUAGAAUAAUAAGCUUAUGUAACUAAUGAAAGUUUAUAAAGGAUACAUCUUCCUAUUGCUAAUGCUAAA